UGAAAGAUUGAUGUCUCAUUUGUCUUCUCUGAUUCCAUUUAAAGGCCAAUUUAUAAUCCUCACUAGGCGAGAAAACUGAUGAAAAGUGCUCAAAUUUCCUCCAGUGCUUUUGUCUUGACACCGCAUCUGAUAAUCAGGAAGUGAAUGUGAUAUUUCUUUCUCUCAGUGACUAAUCUUGCAGAACGACAUUACGAAAUACUAAAAGGAAACAGACAGGAAAUAAAUGGUAUUUGAUUGCCGAUGAAUACAAUUGGUCGAUUGUUAAUAAAAACAUACAACCCCACCCCACACCACCCAUCCACCUGAUUCUCGGGACGGUUUAAAAAUCUGCUGUUCUCAUUCCUUGAGGUUGUUCAUUUGAUGAAGCUUCCUGGGUGCAAUACUGCACUCUCUUCGUGAUACAGUGACUUGGCUGAGGCAUCACAGACGGCAGACUAUGUCAGCGAAAAUGGAUAUCUAUGACCACCUGUGGGACAACAAUAAGGAUAUUGCUGAGGAGACAUUGCAUGUGCCAUUUCUAGAGCACAUGCAAAUGGGGGACCUCCAGGCAGACUACUAUGUCAACUUCAUGAUCCAGGACAUCAAUUAUCUCCUGAAGGUCACAGACAUAUUGGAGAAGAUGUGUCUGAAAGUGAAGUGCCCUGCGGACCUCCAAGUGUUCAUGAAGGAUAGAUUUAUUAGUUACAAGAGCUAUGCUGCUGACACACUAAAAAAAUUCAACCUCAAAGGUGUGUCAGACAUUAUCCCGACCCCUGCCAUGGAGAAGUACCUGUCACAAUACAGAGCCAUUAUGGAGAAUGAGGAGCCCAUUUACUUUGCCGUGGCUCUCCUUCCCUGCGCGAGGCUCUGGCUGUGGCUGGCCAGGCAGCUCAAGGAGAGCUACGGCAACGCCUACUUCACCUGGAAGAAGGAAAACUCGCACGGCCACCCGGAAGACCACUACAGGGCGCUGCUCAACAAGUAUCUGACCACCCCAGCGCAGAUUGAACGGGCAAAGGCCCUCUUCCGCCAACAAAUGCAGCAUGAGCUUGAUUUCUUUGCAUCCUCACUCGAAGAGUAGAAAUGAAAUGACACAAGUGAACAUAACCAUGUUCUUUGCUGUCAGUUAGAGUUCAUGUAGCCUACCUCUACUGCCCGCUGCUUUACUUAUCUAAAAUAAUCCAUAUGAAGACUAUCCAAACCAUUUGUGUCACAGCAAGUAACUGAAAGACAAUCUUUUUAACCAGCUCUAGACUACAAUGACAACAUAGACUAUCAAUAUACUGGGCUUUGUCCAGAGUCACAGCAGGCCUUUAAAAUACUAUUGCUGUCUGUCAGUUAUAGCAAAAUGUCUGUCUAGCGAUAAAAUAUCUAUUACAGCUAUUACACUGUGCUAUAUAGCCUAUUGUUAACAUGAUUUGUAUGGCUGCUUCGAUGCCACAACAACAAGCUAAAUUGUUAUCAAUAAAUAUAUCUCUGAA